AAAUGUUUUCCUACAGUACUUGGUGGGAUUAACCUCCAUGCAUAAUUGUCCAUUAUAUGUCCAAAAUUCAUUGUUAAAUUCUUGCAUAUUAGACAGAACGGUUCAUAAACCGUCAGAUUUUCAUAGAAGAACAGUAUCAGUCCUAAGUAUUUGAGACAGAAGGGGACUUGUUUUUCUCUUCAUUGACACAAAGGCGCUUGAUGAUUAGGCACUUUUUGUCUGUUUGAUAAUCAAAGUAUAGUGGACAGCGAACAAAAGAAAAGUUCAGCCAGCUGAGUCUUCUACUUUAUUUUCACUCUUCCGUUCUGGUAUACACUAAUCAUAUCUCAAGGUUUUCUAGAGUCUUAUUGUAGUAUAAAUAUCACUGGGGAGUUGGAUUAUGAAGGUCUUGAUUCUUGCACAUAAACUGAGAUUUUGUUAUCCUGAGUGAGAAAUCAAGGACAAGGUAAAUAUGGGAGAAGACAUCUGGGAGCAAACCAAGGAAUCGGGAAAAAUAUUUUACCAGCUCUUUAGCAUUUACUUGUUUUCUUUGCAUUUUGGUAAUUAGCAUAUUACUUCUAAUCCACAGAUGGGACAGUAAAGGAUAAGGCUUCAUUUUGAGCUUUGAAUUUCAGAGCAAUUAUUUUAUAACAAAUUCUUUGAAUAUUUUUGUAUAUUCUUAAUGAGCAUCUAUAGUGAAUAUUUGGGAAAGUUCAAAAAUACACUUACUUGUCCUGGGUUCGUACUUCUGUAGCCUUUUGAAUGCAUUUGUCUAGUUUGAGGCUGGUCUGUACUUGUUACCUUCAGAAAAAAAAUACACUUCAGAACUUCAUAAAGUAAGCCUUGUUCUAUCUGCAUCUAGAAUGAAACUGUAUGUAUAAACUACUUUGUGUACAAGAAACAUAGCUAGGAUAUGGGUUUCUCAGCUAGGAUCUUGCCUGUCAAUCCAUUAAUUAUUUCACUGUCUUGUCUCAAUCUGCUUUUCACGUCUCUAGAUUAUGAGGAAGGGCUGGUAUACCCAAAAUUUCUUUUCCCACCUCCAGCUAUGGCAGUAAUGAAAAAGAGUACAACUCUGUACAACCAAACCCCUCUUCUCAUGGAGUUAAAUCAUUUACAAGCUCUGAGGGACCAGUGUUGCUUCCACCAGCCAGACUGGGAACCCGUCAUCUGGGAGACUUCUUAGUGUGCUGACAGAUGAUAAUGAAGCCAUUCUCCCUUGUCUGCUGUCUGGAGCAAGUCACAAUUUCUGUCCUGUACACACAAGGCUUGUGAAGCUUAAUAGUAAUCAACUGUUCCAAAGACAGAGGCUGACAAUUUUAAUUAAUAUUUUAAGCUCUGCUUCUAAAAUUGUAAACUUAGCACAACAGCCAUGUCUGAAUUCUCAAAGUUAAGAACAAACUGCAGAGCUGAAGUUGACUGAUAGGUGAGAUACAAAAAAUUUAGAGAUGAUGAUAUAUUGUUUACUUCUAAACAGCACUGCCAUUAGAUGGAAAAAUGGUGCUGCUGGUUUCCCUGCCUAUUAUUGUUUUCCAGUCCAAAGAGAGGUAAAGCACAAGCAAAGCCUAAUCUACCAGCUGUCAGUCAGUCAGGUUUCAGAUUUGUCUGAGAUCAAUGCUGUGAUCAGAAAGAAAGAAUAGUGUAGUGGCAAAGGGACAGUUUCCCAAGCCUGUGAAAUAUUUUAUCACUGAUAUUAGACUUAUUAUCAUUUUAUGAAGUUCUCUUAAUAGAGUAAUGUAGUUCUGAAUGUGGCAAAUAACAAUUCUCUUGUUAAAAACAAAUCAUGGUUUUAAUACAAUAGGGUAAGUAAAGAGUGGUCUUGUGUCAGCAAAACCUUUCUUUCUGACAAACAGUGUAAUUUAUGACAAUCUAGUUAGCACUAAAUGACAUUAACAUGACCAUUAAGCCAUUCUCUCCCUGAGGAAUACCGUUAUUUCUUAAUCAAUAGUUGGGUAAAUGCUCCUUUGCAUUCCUUAUCGAACAACAGCCAGAUGGUACUGGUAAAUUCAUUCCAGCAGGAUUUUAGAAUUAGCUGGGUUUGAAUUAUUGUUAAUCCUCUGCUGUCUGUGCUGCCAGGACCUACCCACCUGUUUCCAGUAACCCUUGAGUUUGCAACCUUAGGAAAUAGUCUACCCAGAUGGUUACUGAGAUGCAGCACAGCCAAGAAGCAUCCCGAGCAGCGAGGCCUUUUCUACCUCAGAAGAAAAAAGCAAGCAUUUUGAUACAAAGGCUGCUACUUGAAAGUGGGGAGGUGAACUCAGCUGUUUCAUCCAGACUUGCACAUCAGUUUCACUGCACAAUUCAGAGCAAUAUCUUGCAGAAAGAGCCACCUCUGUAUGUGUUCCUCAACACUCCAGUCUCUUUUGCCAAGUUUCAAAGUUGAAGAUUGCAUAAGCUAUAUUCCUUAGUGUGGAGCUGUGACAGCUGCCACAGCAUCAUUUGGUGACUUUUUCAGGCCCAUCGAAGUGUCUGCAAGACCCUUUUCUUCAUGAUCACUUUGUUGUAUAACAGCAAUAAUUUUGCCUCCAACCUCUUGAUCUGAAAUAACAUGUAAUCCCCUCAUGCUAAUAAAAAGAAAAUAUAUGGCAGCAGGUCUAUUGUAUAGUUUGCUGUCAUACACAGCACAGGAUAGAAAACAGCAUGAUGUUUAUCUAUUUCUGCAGCUAAAAGAAUGGCUACUUAUAACUCCAUUCUUUCUGUUAUUUCAACAGUAUUCGGGUUUCCAGCAAACAGCAGAUAAGUGCUUUGUUUGUGGACACCUCAUAAUGGAAAUGAUCUUACAGGCCCUUGGGAAGUCAUACCACCCUGGCUGCUUCCGCUGUGUGGUAUGUAAUGAGUGUUUGGAUGGAGUCCCCUUCACUGUAGAUGUGGAGAACAAUAUUUACUGUGUCAAAGACUACCAUACGGUUUUUGCACCAAAAUGUGCUUCCUGUAACCAGCCGAUUCUACCAGCACAGGGAUCUGAAGAAACCAUCAGAGUAGUGUCAAUGGACAAAGACUACCAUGUGGAAUGUUAUCACUGUGAGGAUUGUGGCUUGCAGCUCAAUGAUGAGGAAGGCCAUCGUUGUUACCCAUUAGAGGGCCACUUGCUCUGUCACGGCUGUCAUAUCAGGCGCCUUAAUAUUAAAUUGCCAUCGCAUCCACCACCAAGCUAUCCAAUGCACGUCACAGAACUCUGAAAGACACUUCCAUUGCCAGUAAGCCAUUUAAAAAAGAAGACAGAUUUAAAAGUGACUUUCCUGUUCCUUUAAAGAUGAUAUUCCAGUAAUAACCAUCUAAACCAGCUAUUUAUUUUUUAAAUCAGAGGUAAGGGGUUCUUUCUAAUCUUGUAUAUAUGUGUUCUUUUAUUUAGACAUUUUCACUGAGGCACUGUCUACUUGAACAAAUAAUGCGCCAUCAAGUCAUAACUGUAAGUGGCAGCAUUUUUAAAAACAGUGGUACAAAGGGCUGUUCCGCACUCCUUGCUCACAUUUCUUCAGUGGAAGUUUUGGCCAAGUAAGGAGUACAGAAUAAAUUUCCAAAAUUUAGCACCUUUUUCACAUUGCAGCAGGCAUGGUAAGAUAAAUGCCAGCAUUUUCACUAGUUUCCUUGAAAUCUGGUCUUAGAGAAUACAAGUCUCACAUUUUGAAAAACAUAUGUUCCCAGAAUUAGUGAAUAGGAAGCAAACGAGCAUCUUCAGCAAUGACAGCUUUCAGCAUGGGUUAGAUAAUGGCAUUCUGUGAAGACAUAUCAGGACAACUUUUCAACCUACGUGGUUUCACAGUGAUCUAAGGACUAACUUUUUUAAAGAAAAAUGUCAAGGGUCUCAUAAAAAACACGUUACAGAAGAGUAUAUCCAAAAGAGCAGUACAUGCAGGGUUGUAACAAUUGAAGGAAGGUACUGAGCUCUGUAAUUGCUUGUUAUGUACAAGUGUAGCUGUAGCUUCAAAAUGCAUUCAUAUGACAUUGAUGAUUUGGCACUUAGUAAACAAUUCAUCUUUAAAUUUUUUUGUUUGUUUAAUAGAGUUAGCAGCCCCUUUCUGUGCAAAGGUAAACUUGUCUUUAUACUACCUGUUUUAUGCAGGCUACCAUUUGUUCAUUUGUUACCAAUUGCUUUAAGAGUGUAUGUUGAAAAUUAUUAAAAUGCAGGGGCUGCGGUUUUUGUAUUAUCUUUUCAGCUUUGUGUUCUUUUCUAGAUGUACUUUUCAACAGAUUAUGGUGGUUAUCUUCAUUGGAAAAACAAAACACAGUUUAGCAGAAAUAAUAAUCUAGAGUCAGACAAUUGAAACACUGAUAUUUUAUAACAAGCAUUAGAUGUACAUAGAAUGUACACACUUUCAUGUUUUGCAUAAGCUGUUACAGUAACCUCAGAGCUCUGGGGAAAUGUAUGUCUUCCAUAUAGGAAGUUUGAUGAAUCUUUUUUUUAUGGUUUUUCGACCAUGUGUUGAUGAUUUACAUGCAAAUCACACAUCUGUAUGUUUAAAAAAUUCCUUGCAUUCUCAUGAGAAUUUAUCCAGCCUUCCUGAAUUUAUAUUUUAAAUAAAUCCAUCAUUGCUGUCUUUGUAUCCAAAAUUACAAUAAAAUAAAACUCUUCUGCUCCAGAGGAAGCGGAAAUACCAGACCAGAUUCUCGGCAUGUGUAAAUUGGGACACUUCAGUGCGAGCUCUCAACAUGGCAAGAAUCUGACUGGUCCGUUCAGAAAUGAUGACGUUAAAUUCAGCAUGCAGACUGAUGAAAUGACUUAUUUGGUAACACCAUUGCAGUUUAGUUUCUUAUGCUCCACUGAUUUUUUGAAAGCCAUUUGUGGUGCUCUUGAAAAAAGUACAAAGGGCAUUCAGUGGACACUAAUUCCUAAGUGGAAUAAUUAACUCCCUUAACAGAAUUUUUUGACUGUCUGGAAUUACCUAGGGGAGGUGGGGAAGAGCAAGGACGCAGGAACAAAAGCUAUGUUUUCUGAACUUCUACCAAACUUCCUCUGGCCUAGAUGAACCUGUUGUAUUGAAUGCUCUUUGGCAAGUCAGAUACUCCUUUAAAAAGUAAUUUUCUAAUUAAUAUACGAGUUAGUGCGAGAGCCGUGUUUUGUAGGAAUUACUGUAUAACUAGUGUCCUGUUUCUGCAGUGUGAGCUAGGAAUCCUCCUUUGCAGAAGGAUAGGCAUUGGCUGCAUGCACACUUGCCUUUACAAGCAUUACCUCUGUGCCCAUAGUCACCACCAAACCAGCCUCAAGAGGGAAGCAGAAGUACAGGUGCCUCUUGCCCAAACAGCAAAUUCUGGAAAAAGAAAAAAUUGUCUUCAGUUGGGUUAUAUAACUAGGUGAAUUCCAUUAAGGUUACUACAAACAAUAGGAAAUGGAAAAUAGAGCUUCAGGAUAAACUUUUAGCCUGAGCUGCAAUGUAAUACUUUUCCUUUUAAGGAAGCUGCUUUGGCCCACAUCUAUCUUUGAGGUAUUUCUAAUUGCUUGUCUUUACAAUUACAUACUAAAGAAUUCAAAUUAAGAAAACAAUCAUUAAAAUAUACAGAGAAUGUUUGAGUCUGUUCCUGUGAGCAAGUCAUCCCAUAGUAGUACAUGCUGUACACUGAUGCAAAACCUAAAAAACCACUGUGGCCAGAGGUGGAGGUGACUGGCAUUUAGCUUGGCCAUCCACCAGCACCUUCCCCAGCACUUCCACCUCCAGUCAGCAGCAAGGCUAAGUUUCCAGCUCAGCGUUACUUUUCAAGGGUCAGCAUAUUACUUAACAUUACCUUUUCCUUUUUUUUUUUUAAUGAUCGUACUUUAGAACAGAAUAAUAUUUAAUUUCACAUGUUAAUUUGUCCUGCUUGUAGUUCUGCUCAGUACCAAUGUGUUAAGUAUCCUCACAGUGCUAUGUUGAAAGUUACAGUUUCAGUAUAGAAUAAGAGAUUUGUUUAAAACCAGAAAGCAGCAGUUGUUCCAGCAUUUCCUAGAGACAGGUGCAUUUUGGUUUUGGAUAAUAAAGUUUGCUUUUCCAGCAUUUAAUAUAAAAACUGGCAGUUGGGUGAGAUUUGCCAGUUUUCAGUCAAAGAACAGAGGAAAAAAAUAAAAGCUAAUCUGAAAUAAUGAUGCAUGCUGUAGUGCUAGCAACAGCUUCUGCACAUUUUACCUCCUGUCUGACAAAUUAUGUAAGUGAGAAAACUUCAUUUAAUUAUUUUCUUAAGGAGUAUACGCUUAAAUUAAAUCAGUUCAGCACAGAUGUAAACUUUCUGGAGCUCAUUUUAUGAUGUGGCUGUUCAUCAGCAGCCUUUCAAUGUUCUGUACUGUCAGAAUAUUUCCAUAAAGUUAAAACAAUACCAACUUGUUCUCAUUUGCAUCAGGAAUGCACCUUACCUCUUUGGUAAGGUAGUCUUACCAAGUCCCUGCAGCACAGAGCUGUUCUAGGUGAUUCAGAGUCCCUCAUGCGCUGGAGGAAGCGUUCCAAAGAAAGGACCAAAAUAAUAACUGAAAAACAAAACAAAAGAAUGCAAUCAGAUAAUUGAGCUUUCAGAAGGAGUUUGUUUGGGUUUCUUUCUGUUUCUUUUCACUUGUGUGCACGUGUGUGUGUAUGUAUAUUUUGUAAGGUGGAGCUUCAAAAAGAAAACAUGGUUAGAGGAGCUCUUUAAGACCAGAAAUUCCGGAGUAGUUAAGUAAACCAAAGCUCUAAAGGAGACAAAAGCUGCUUUCUUGUGUUUCAAGGAAAGUAUAAAAGUUUGUCAUUCAUCCUGUAACUAAUGCCGUAACUAGAGUGUAUAAUUUGACUUAAAUUAAGUUUUCAUUUGAGAAAUAUUUUCAUUUUCUUUAAAAGAAUAUAGUUUUCUUCCAAGAACUUGGACCAACAUUGAUUUUUAUUUUGUAGGAAAUAUAUAAAUUCCCUGUUUGUAUAUCAUGUAACUAGUUUACAUGCUGAAAAUAUACAUUAGUUUAACUAUUUUUGUAUAUAUCCUUGUAAAACUUUUGAAUGUGCUUCUGUCUUUUAGUCUUUAGAAUUACUUGUGGUUUUGUGUUUCAGUGUUUGAUUCCCUUGAUUGUUGAAGAAAAAUAAUUGGGAAAUGUAGAUUUAUUUAUCUAAAGAAGAAGCUACUUGCUAUCACCCUAAGUUAUUUAAUAUUAAAGUCAGACGUUUCAUUUAACCUUAGAUGCUAUAAUCUGCUUUUUUCAAUAAAGACAUUUUCUAGUUAUCUUUGA